UCAUUCCUUCCUGCAAAGAAUGAAUAAAACAUCAUCAAACAGAGAUUCUGGAAAAGUUUUGGAGAACUUAGAUGAUGUUACUUGUCCUGUUUGUCUUGAAAUAUUUGACACACCAAUGAGGAUUUGUUGUGGUCAUGCGUUCUGUCAUAGCUGCUUAGUGAACUGUGCAUGUAAAGGAACAAAAUCUGUUUGUCCUUUGUGUCGAACUUCUUUUGAUCCUGCAAAGAAAACAAAAGCAAUAGAACUUGAAAAGAAGAUCUCAACUUGUAGAGGAGUAUGCUUGGGUUGCAAAAAAAAGAUUGCCCUAUCAAAACUACGAGCACAUCAUAUGGCUUGCUUAAAGUUGGACAAAGAUGACAGUGGUGAGCUUGGUGCUUGUGGAGGAGAGCCAGAGCCAGAAAAGCCUGUGCUGUCAGAGAUACCAAAUAGAUUCACAUUUAACUGUCCAUAUUGCUCACUGAAGAACUUGGACGUUCACAGUCUACGUGAUCACUGCAACCAGAAACACACAGGGAACAAGACAAGUGUAGUUUGUCCUGUCUGUGCCUCCAUGCCUUGGGGAGAUCCUCAGAAAAAAAGUGCUAACUUUCUCAUCCACCUCAAUCUACGACACAAGUUUGAAUAUGAAUUUUUUGUGGACUACAACUUAGAUGACAGCACAGCCCUGCAGAAAGCUUUAGAAGCAUCUCUGAAAGAUUUGUAAAGUUCAACAGACUUCAUUAUCAUCCGUUAUAUAUUUCUUGAUAAUUUGUUUAGCUACAGUGCUUUUUCUUAAGAAAAGAGUUUAUGUUUUGGUGUUAUAUAAAUGUAUAUACUUUGUAAAGUUCAUCUUUAUCUUUAAAUAAUCCCAGCAAUCUUCUACUUAACCAUUACCACCUGUUCUUUUAAAGUUAUAAACAAAUUGUAAAAUAUAAAAAAUGUUGUUUAUUAUUUUGAGAAAUAUUAUCUUCACUUGGACUACUUUAAAAUUAUGUGUGAAGUGACUAUGCUUUAACAGUGAUACACUGUACUGUUUUUCACUUUGUCAUUGUGGCUAUCUAAUAGCAUAACCUGUCUGUAUGUUUGACAUAUUUUGGAUUUGAUUAUAUGAUUCUUAUCUGAAAGUUUUCCAGAAACUUCUUAAUUUACAUUUAAUUCUGUAAUUUAUGUGUAAUGUUACAGGAAGCAUGACAUUCACGUUUGAUGCUGUGUCCAAGAGUAAGAUCACUGUGGACAAAGAGUAUGAAAUAAGAGAAUAUUUAAUAAUCUUGAUUAAAGUUUGGUCCUUCAGUAAUCUAAUUAAGAGUAUACAUAAUAAAGAAAACUUUCAAGGUCUUUCAUUGAGAGUUUUACUUAUACAACAAGUAAAGUUUUGUGUUUGACAUGGUACUGUAUUACAGUAUGGUUAAGAACAAGUUUCUCAGAUCAGAAAAAUAAUAUUUGUGGUUAUUUAUUUUUCCCCCAAUAGUUUUUUCAAAAGAGGUAUCUUAAAAGGUAUAAAUUAUCUAUUAACUUCAGCCUGUUUCUCUGAGUCAGAUCAUUUUCAAUCAUGAUGCCAGUAUUUAAGUCCAUUUAGCUGGGUUAAAUCACUCUAAGGAAUACUCGCAAAUGGAUAUGUCCUUAGCUGAAGUACAAGAUAUUGAUCAAUAAGCCCAAGCUUGUUCUAGAGGAGUUGAUGGAAAGAAUGUGGGAACAAGUUGCCCUACGAUAGAACUCUGAAUUUCAGAGCUGGUGAGUGCAGUUCAGAUCUGUGUCAUACUACCAAUUAUUGCAUGGACUUUAAGCUGUGGAUGCAUUUAAGAGUGACAGGUAAUCCUUUAAUAUAGAUGGUGAUGUUAGGAUGGUGCUAACUGGCUUUCUUCUCUAUGUUUAGUAGUUCAAAAUUAGGGUCAGUGGCAGAUAAUCUUAGUAGCUUUACCAUAAAUACAAAAAUACAAAUACAAAAAAUAUGCAUGAGAGUUCAAUCCUUUUUAACUUCUUUUAAGAAAUUGGUGAAGAAAGUAUAAACAAAUCUUGCAGAUAUUUUACAUCUAGUUCAGAGUACUGAGGAAUUACUUGGUAUUAAAAAUUAGAUUGUCCCUGAAUCCCUACAAUAUAGAAUAGGAUAUUUAGUUGUGAAAAACUACAUUAAUAAUAGUUAACAUUGAACACUGAAAUUCUUCCUUCUCAGUGUGGAAUUUUAAUUUCUUGAAAGUUUUUGAAGCACAUAAUUUAAAUGAGGCAGGAACCUAUAUGAUGAGGUUUUGGAACAUAUUUUUGUAUAUAUAUAUAUAUAUUUGUGUGUUACAUUUAACAUAUUUUUUAGCAAAAUUUGAGAAAUACGUUUUUUUAUGAGCCCUUUAAUGUUGUUGGCAUUUUUAAACAGUAAUGACUUCAAAUAGUAUUUUAUUAAUUUUGUAAACUACUUUCUUUUUGUGAAGCUAUAAGCCACCGUACAUUAUAGGUAAUUGUUGCACAAUUAUUAUUCAGCUAAUUUUCUUUCUUGGAUGGGAAUCACCUGAAAUUUUGUUAAUGGCCCAGUUAAGUUCCAUGCAUUGUCCUAGCUACAAGUUGAAAGAUUUUGUCAUUGUCCUAGCAACAAGUUGAAAGAUUAUGUCAUUGUCCUUGCUACAAAUCUAAAGAUUGUGUCACUUAGAGCAAUGGUUCUUGACUUUUUUUUUGUAUUUAUGAACCAAAGAAUCUUGUGGACUCUAAUACUCUGGUCUAUUGGCAGAAGCAGAUCCUACAGUGUAUAAAAGCAACUGAUAUAACUAAGUAAGUUAAUAAAGUUUUUAAAUAAAACAUUAUUUUCAUUCAAUCAAGCAUUGUAUAAUAAUAAUUAUUUUUUAACAAUAAUUUGGAAACUCAAUCUUAAUUAUCACAUAUCCCCUUUAAAAUAUUCAUGAAUCCCAAGGGUGCUGUGGACUACAGGUUGAAAACAAUGGAAUUAUAGAUUGUUUAACUUUGCCUUCUGAUGAUGCAGAUAUAUUUUUAGAUAAUAACUUAAAAGAAAAUAAAUAUCAACCUGCAGCAGAUUACACUGUUGUCUUAUAAAACUAUGGUUUAUGCAUCCCAAUGUCUUGUUACAUUAAAACAUCUUUAUAGCUUUCACACUUAGACUGCUCAAAAGUGAACAUUUGCUGAGCCCUUUAUCUCUGUGUUGCAUGAUGCACCCAUUGUACCAAAUAAGGUUAUUCCUGUUGGGGUACAUCAUAUAUUUUUGUAUUUCAACAGUUGUUAUUGGAUUAUUAAACAGAUUCCUGUUUUUCAUUCAGUUUUGUGUUAGUCAUUCUUAAAAAAUCCUAAUAAUCCAACCCUGAGCAUUUUUUAAAGAUGGACCUACUUUCGUUAAAGAUUUAAACUUUAAUUUUUUUGCAGAAGGAAAGCUGUAACAUAUCUGUAAUUUGUGCUAUUAAAUAUAAGCUAAUUUAAUGUACUUGAUGUGUUUUUUUAUGCUUAACAUACUUUCCAAUGUCUGCUAGUAAUUAAAAAAUAAUAAUUUACACUUUGCCUGAACAUAAAGUGUCACAACUGUUAGCAAAAAAGUUUAUUUUUUACAUUGUCCAUAUAGAUCAUCACAUAAUUACUUAACCGUUUGGAGAAAUAGGAUACCAAAAAUGUUCAUGAUGGUAUUUUGGUACCUUAAUUGUAGCUUAUUUUAGUUACAGUGUGUAUGUAUUAGAACUGUGCUUAUGUGUUUAGUCAUCUACAACAAUGAAUUGCAUCUAAGUGGUUGAAGCAACAUAUCUUGGUAUGGUAUAAUCUUUGUGUACAUCCAGUAAGAGAUGUAAAGCUAACAGUAUAGUUGUAAGUUUUCUGUACACAGGACCUACAGCUGGCUUAGUAAAGUUAUUUAUUAGCCUAUUAUGAUGAAUUGUGAAGAAAUCAAAUCUGGCAAGAACAGCACUGAGCAGAUGAGAUGUGAAUGGUUUGUGGUGAAGUCAUGCGUCUUCUAGAAAACUUCUGAUUCCUGUGAUGUUUCUUGUGUAGUUUCAUUUCAUUAGAUUUGACCAUUACCUUUUUCUACCAGUUAAACAUUAAUAUAAGCUUCUCCAUAUAUAUUCUGAUAGAACUCUAAUUUAAAGUGCCAUAUAUAACAUUAUGUACUGUAGAAAAUGAAUGGUCAUCUUAAACAAAUAUGAUUACUGAUUGAUAACCCAAAAUGUGAACAAAGAAGCAAAAAUAGUAAUUGUAGUUUAAAUAAUCAAUUUUAAUGACACUUACUCUGAAACACACAGUCCUUGUCUGUCAGACUAUUUUCUGAGUGAAACAUUAUUCAUAGUAUUAUGUAAUAUUGGUAUUGUACAAAUUAUCAAAGUUGUGUUAGAUUAAACUAUGUAAUGACUUUUUGACCACUAUAAAUAGUAUUAGCAUUAAAAGUGAAAUUUUAUUAUUAUAUUAAUGAUAUGAAUUCACUGGGGUUUGUUAGGGUUAUUAAGGUUUCUGUUGUACAGAUUGCCUACUGAGGAUGUUAUUGCUUUCACUGUAGAAGUUUUAUUUUGGUAUAGAUGUGUGUCAUGUACCACUUUCUGGAUGUUUGGGCCCAAA